CCCCGAUCCCCUAACAUGGGCAGGGCCGCCAUCCUGACUGGCGGCCAUCAAACAAGAGCGCCAGUUGGUGGAAAGCGUGCGCGAAGGGAGGUUGUUGUCGGGGGUGCGGCUACAUUUUUCACUUUUCUUACUAAGUUCCGUGUGUCGCUCGCCGCAAACAUGCCAAUACUGGGAAGCUGUUGCAUCUGUUUGGACCUGAAGGUCGGCACGAAGAUCAUCGGUAUCUUGAACCUGAUUGGUGCCAUCUUCAGCUCCCUAUCCAUGGCGAUCAGCUUGGUGAUGGUGAUGUUCCUGGACGCCGGAGUGUCCACCGCCAAGGCCGUGAAUGAGAUCCACAGGUCCAGAAUGAACGACGACGAUUACAUGGACACUCAGGACCAGCCCAAACAGAUCAUGGAGCUUGUGCAGGAACAUCUGAGCUACGUCAAGAUCGCCCUGUACGUGAUGCUGGCGUUGGCUCUCCUUCUCAUCAUUACGAGCUCAAUGCUGAUCCACGGCGUGCGAAGGGAUCGCCGUGGCCUGCUGCUGCCUUUCAUUGUGCAGCAGCUGGUGAACAUCGUGGUGUUCGUGGGCCUGGACAUCGCAGUGCUCGUCCUAUUCGGCGCCCACAAGGUGAUCAUCGGCAGCGUUCUCUCCAUGCUGGUGGGCUGCCUCAUCCAACUCUACCUGGUGCUGGUGGUCGUGUCGCAGUACCAGGCUCUCGGGCUGAUCCGCAUGCAUGAGGAGAUUAGCAUGAAGUGAGGAGGAGAAGGAGGAGGUGGAGGUGGAGGAGGAGCCUGAAGGUGUGAGGCUCGACAGACUCUUGUACUCGGUGGAUACGACAUCUUUUGUAGGUCACUCUUGUCUCUCACAGAUUUUGAUACCGUUUUGUUUUCAUCCGUGUCUCUCCUGGUUGGUUGAAGGCGGUGGUAUAGAUGUUGGAUGUGGACAUUCUUUCCCCCCAUUCAAACCAUAUUUGUGUAGUGCAUUUGUACAUCUUUUCUUGUCGCAUUUAGGUGUUGUGAUGUAAGAUUCACCUCACAAGGAACCUAUAGUUUUGUUGUCGUGUCUAGUGUGUAUCUAGAUUUUUAACGAAAACUGAAACUCUUUCAGAUUCUAAAUUGUAGACAGAUAUUCCCACGAAUCUUUAAAGUGUUAUACGGUAUCUUUUACAGUAUUUCAAUAUUUACUUGACUGUUAUUGAGUUCACAGUUUUUACAGUACGUACUUAUUAUAUAGUUUUCUUUAUAAGAAUUAUAUGAUCUGAGUAGUAUGUAGAGUGAAAUUUGAUGGUCCUAUAUUUAGAGAGUUUACAUUCAUCCAAUGUGUGUGUGUGUGUGUGUGUGUGUGUGUGUGUGUGUGUGUGUGUGCGCCGCAGGCCGGCGGGGUCAAGCCCUGCCGGAGUCGCCUCAGGGCCGCGCCGCCCGCCGCCAGGAGUCAAGUGUUGCAUUUACACCUCAGUGUCUUGGUAAUAACUUAGGCAACGGCCACUUCUCCUGUUGGCUGAUCUGCUAAUUAGUGUUUUAUACAAUUAAUGUUAAUGUUCACCAUAAUUUAAUAAUAGAUAUUAUAUAUUCAUAUUAGUUGAAUAGUAUGUCGAAAUGUAAUUGCUAAUGUCAUAUAUAUAUAUAUAUAUAUAUAUAUAUAUAUAUAUAUAUAUAUAUAUAUAUAUAUAUAUAUAUAUAUAUAUAUAUAUAUAUAGACUGCUGUAUUUUCUAAAUACACUCGAAUCGUCA